GAACGCAGCAGCUUACAGACAGCUGGCUGGAAAAAUUUGUUUAUGUUUAUAUUUAAAACCGUGCUUUGGAAAAUUUAUAGUUUUUUCAAGCUCUUUCCAAUUAACCGUAAUUUUUCCUAUUGAAAAGAGCUGAUAGAUAAAAAAAGUUGUAUAUAGAAACAGAAUUAAAAGUUACAAAGUGGAUUUUAGUUGGUUGAAAAUACAAAAUUCCGUUUUAUAUCCUAUAAUGAACAAGAAAAGUUUUCAAAUAUAAAUAGAGAUGGAACUCAAAAAACUAAAAGAACAAACGAGACGGCAAGAAGCAAAACACCAAGAGGUUGUGAAAAAACAACAAGAAAUGCUCCAAGAAGAAAAAAAGCUGCAGGAAGCAAAAGAAAAGAAAAAACUGAAAAAAUUACGUCAAGCCCAAAAACGCCUACAAAAUGGCAUGAUCGAAGAAACAUUUCCUGCAAUGGUUACUAUCAAAAAGGGAACCGGUAAAGAAAAUACACCUCCUUCGUUAACUGUAACAUUUCAAGGAUGCACAGCCACUCAGGAAAAGUUGUUAACCUCAUUAGUCGAAACACAACAAGAUGAAUCCAGCAAUGAUAAAACUAAAGGUGGUAACAAGCAAACUAAAAACAAUAAUUCGAAGCCUAAACAAGAAGCUGCAAAACUUCCACAGCUUUCAAACGGACCAAGAGUGAUUUCGAAAAAUGUAAAUGUGGCCUUAGCUGUUCGAAUUGAGCAGGAGCCAGUGGGAAUUCCAACUGGUGCAAAAUCUGAGGAAAAAUCCACAAAAAAGUCACAAGAAAAAGUUAAGUGUGAAAGAGGCCUGACAAGGAAAGAAUUUAAGUCUUUUGGAAAUCUAGUAUUGCCUCCAGGAAUCACUCUAACAAAAGUAAUCAACGGCCAGCAGUCACAACAACCGAAAAUAAAUUACUCAAAUUCCGCCGCAACAACCAAAGUAUCUCCCCCAGUAAACCAAAAAGGCGUCAUCGUAGUAGACACGGAAAAACUGAUGCAACAAACCGACGAGGCCCCGAAACCUCCAACGAAAUCCAGAAGGAGGAAAAAAACUAAAAACAAACCGAACGCAGAACCAAAAAUGAUCACUAUAAGGAACCCGACGUUCCAAAUAAAUGAAAAUCUGAGUAAUAAUACUCGACAGGUUCCAAUGAAUCAACCAGUUUCAGGUACAAUUUUUACUAAAACUGAAAAUGGUAUGGUGAAAAUAACUAGAGGUUCCAAGUAAUUUGUGUUUUAUUUUUUAUUUUAUAUUAAAGCUCAUUUUGAUAUUA